CAGGCGCGGGAGGGGGUGGGCCGUGGCCGGCGGCUGCCUUUUUCUUCUCCUUCUUCGGUGGGAAUGGGAGAGGCGGGGGCAUUUUUGUCCCAUAAAGCAAUGUUAAAAUAUAUAUGGACCGGUUGUUAACAACCGGUCAACAGGGAUUUAAUGUUAAAGUUCGGUCAAUAAAUGGACCGCUGAGCAAGUUCCCCAAUUUUUUUUCAAACCCCUCGAGUCAACCGAAUCGAAGUAACGAGUCACGGAGCUAAAACUCAUGCCAUUCUACUGAUGCCAACCUUCUCUAAAAUCCAGACUCUCCUCCACUCUCUCAAGCCUUUACCUCCUCCCCUGUUUCGCCCACUCCGCGUCCACUCGCUCUCCCCCCGGGAGGUGUUCAACCACAACCUCCGGAUCGGAGAGCUGGGCCGUGCCGGCAGGCUUGUAGAUGCCCGCCAACUCUUCGACCAAAUGCCCAGCCGAGAUGUUGUCUCAUGGAACGCAAUCCUCACUGCAUAUUGGCAGAACCACGACAUGGAGGAGUCGAAGCGGAUCUUCGAUUCGAUGCUGGAGAGGAACAUCGUCUCCUGGAAUUCUAUGAUUGCCGGCUGCCUCGAGAAUGGGAAGCCCGAUGAGGCUUUCGGCUACUUCGUGAAGAUGCCUGAGAGGAACGUAGCUUCCUGGAAUGCGAUGAUCUCUGGGUUCGUGAGGUAUGAUCGGUUCGAGGAAGCUGAGAGGUUGUUUCAGGAGAUGCCCGUGAAGAAUGUGAUAUCUUAUACCGCAAUGCUUGACGGGUUUGCUCGGAAUGGGGAGAUCGAACAAGCUCGUGAUCUGUUUGAUAAGAUGCCGAAGAGGAAUGUAGUUUCCUGGGCUGCGAUGAUAAGUGGGUAUGUGGAGAAUGGAAUGUUUGAGGAGGCGAGGAGUCUGUUUGACCUGAUGCCUGAGAAGAAUGUGGUUGCCUUCACAGCGAUGAUCACAGGGUACUGUAAGGAGGGGAAUGUGGAGAAGGCGAGGAGUAUUUUUGAUGGGAUUCAGCAUAAGGAUCUCAUUUCGUGGAAUGCCAUGAUAGCUGGAUAUGUGCAUAAUGGGAAUAGUGAGGAAGCACUGAAGCUUCACAUCACAAUGCUGGAAUUGGGCAUGAAACCAGAUCAUGCAACCCUUAUUGCCAUACUAACAGCAUGUUCUGCUCUUGCAUUGCUACAACGAGGAAGGCAAAUUCAUGCAGUUGCCAUCAAAACCAAGCUGGAAUCUAACAUAUCACUGAGUAAUGCUUUGAUAACCAUGUAUAGUAAAUGCGGUAGCAUUGUGGAAUCAGAGUUAGUCUUUCAAAAGUUCCAAAACCGAGACCUGGUCUCCUGGAACACCAUGAUUGCAGCAUAUGCACAGCAUGGGCAUUACCAGAAAGUUGUUUCUUUAUUCUGUGACAUGGAAGCAAAUGGAUUUACACCAAAUGGCAUUUCAUUCCUCAGUCUCUUAUCUGUGUGUGGGCAUGUAGGUAAGGUGGACGAGAGUAUAACUUGGUUCAAUUUAAUGGUUUCCAGAUAUGGUGUAUCUCCAAGGGCUGAACAUUAUGCUUGCCUUGUGGAUAUACUAAGUCGAGGAGGACAAUUGAAGAAAGCUUGUGAUUUCAUCAGAGAGAUGCCAUUUGAAGCAGAGAGUACUGUUUGGGGUGCUUUGCUUGGGGCAUGCCAAAUGUAUUCAAGUAUAAAGUUAGGGGAAUUGGCUGCUAAGAAGCUUGUCCAGUUGGAUUCCCAAAACUCAGGGGCCUAUGUGAUGUUAUCAAACAUGUAUGCAGCAGCUGGCAUGUGGAAGGAAGUUACUAGGGUGAGGAUUUUGAUGAAGGAACAAGGAGUCAAAAAACAACCAGGGUACAGUUGGACUGAGAUUGGUGACAAAGUGCAUGUGUUUUUGGUGGGUGAUGCAUCACAUCCAGAUAUUGGCGGAUGCUCCAUGCCAUCUAAUUGAAGCCCAUCCAGAUAAUCAAAAUCAUCAUCCGUGACAAUUGAGGAAGCAGCCCUCCUGUCAGAGACAUUGCUGAGUGAUGCAAACCUCCGAUCCUUCUGCUCCGGGGACCCCG